GAGAAUGACGGAGGUGAAAGUUCGUGGGGGCGGGGGAGUUCGGCCCGAGAGUGGUUCGGGAACGAAACGCUUCCGGCGUGUCCGCUGCCGCGCGUGCCUCGCCGCCCAGGGCUGGUUCGGACACAUGUAUGUCCACAUGAGAACGUGGAGGCUGCGGGAGCCGUGUAGGGGCCGCCCUGGGUGCGCGCCGGCCUCGGGCCGACCUCGGCUCCCGGGCCGCGGCCGCUGAGAAGGCCACGCGAGGGCGGGGGAGUGUGCGCUUUCCCGUAGCUAUGGCGACGGCUGCGCCUUUGGCGCAUGCGCGGAGCAUCCCGCCGCACCGCGUGGGGGCGGAGUCGGGCGCUCUGAGCGUGUUUGCGGCUGCGUGACACCGCGAGGCUUUCGGUCCUAGGUGCGUGCGGUGCUGGUGAGCCCCUUCUCCGCGGCCCGCACUUCUGCCCUUCCUUCUGGAGCCCGGGAGCUGCCCCUCCAUGGCGCGGACCACCCUCCCGGGGGGCUCACGAGGCGGAGUUUGGGAGAAGGGCCUCGGGGCGGGGCCAGCAGACAGGGCCGCCUCUGCCUGCAGCAUCCCAGGGCCCCCCGGGGGCCGCUCCCAGGAGCCGCCUGCAGCAUGUCUUCCACGCUGUGCCCCGCCGGCCUGGUGCCCUUUGAAGAGCUCUUCUCCAAGCCCCCGAAUCCCAUGCUGGGCCCCAGCUUGACUCAGGAUCGGCCCCUUGGACCCGGCCUCCACGCCCCCCGGGACCCCACCCCCCCGAAACACGACUCCUUGGAGGACCCGGCCCGCAAGCCCGCCAGCCCCGAUGGCCCCAGGGCCGCCGACCGCCUGCCUUCCGGGGGCUCCCCCCGCUGGGACUUUGGGGACCUGUUUUGCAAGCCACCCAACCCCAUGCUUUCCAGCAUGGCCCCCAAAGCCCCCGCUUCGCCCUCCCCCGGGUCCGCUUCCAGCCAAGACAGUGGCCAGGCCCCUGGGCCAGAUCCCGAGGCGGCGAGCCCGGGGCCGGCCCCCCGCAGUCCAGAACGGGGUGAAGCCCGGCCCUGGAACCGGAGCGACCGAGGGGGGGGCCCGCAGCCGGAGGGCAAGAAGAGGAAGGGGGCUGGGGCCGCCGCCGCCAAGGGGAUGCAGCCCCAGGAGGAGGACUUCGCCCAGCUCCUAGAGCAGUACAGACGCGAGAGGGAGACCCCCGCGUCAGAGCCAGGACCCCCGCCCUCCGAGGGCAAGGUGAAGAAAGCGGCCAAGAGGGCGCGGGGCGGGGGCCAGCGGCCAAGAAAGAAGAAGCGGCAGCGGCCCGAAGACUACCGCCCCGGCCCCGCCUUCCCCGCCCAGUCGCUCCCCCCGCCCGUGCGCCCCAGUGAGCCAGGAGUUUGUCAGAAGAACACGGUGGCUCUGGGCUCGCAGAGGGUGUGCAAGUACUUCCUGGCGGGGCGCUGCGUGCGUGGGGAGCAGUGCCGGCUGGACCACGCCGCCGAGGGCCUCAAGUUCCAGCAGCUCUGCAAGUUCGUGCAGGGCUACUGCACGCGGGGCGAGCACUGCCGCUUCCUGCACCACGAGUUCCCCUGCAAGUUCUUCCACACCGGCGCCAAGUGCUACCAGGGGGACCACUGCAGCUUCUCCACGCCCCUGACCCCCGAGACCGAGGGGCUGCUGAGGCAGCUGGCCCCCCACCCGCAGGCCCUUGCGCCCGCUCCCUCCUGA